UAAAUGAGGUAUCGACACGCCUCAACGACCUUUGGUUGCGCAAUACCAGAACCGAUUUCUGGUGCACAUUACAGUGAGAAAGGAGGCGAGAACACUUCAUCGCGGUAUAAUAUCAUCAAUAACACUGGGCUACAAUGGAGCAUGAUUCUGUCGCUAAGCUCGAGUUUGUUGUCUCAAUGACUUGUAACACUUGCGUGGAAAAGGUAGAGAAAGUGCUUUCUGGAAAUUCCAAAAUAAUCGGAUCCAAGAUAAACCUCAACAUCCAGCAGGUUGUUGUUGACACAGCACUGCCUUUCGAAGAUGUACAAAAAUUGAUUGAGAGCACAGGAAUGCAAGCUGAAUUGGUAGGAAUAGGAUCUUCUAUGGGAAAAGAUUUAGAACCCCUGGGAGCUGCGGUGGCAGAAAUUCGUGGAAAUUCUGUCAAAGGAAUUGUAAGGCUCGCACAACUGACAAAUAACCUUUGUUUAAUUGAUGGAAUUGUUGAUGGUCUCUCUCCAGGUUACCAUGGACUGAAUGUUCACACUUAUGGAGACUUGUCUAACGGAUGCGAGGGGUGUGGUGAACAUUAUAAUCCUGAUAACAAUCGUCACGGAGAUCGUCUCGCUAAAGAGAGGCAUGUCGGUGACCUGGGAAAUAUAAAAGCUAACGAUGGUGGACGAGCGAAGUUCAGGUUUACGGAUAAAUUUCUCAAGGUACAUGAUAUUAUUGGAAGAUCAAUUGUUAUCCAUGAAAAUCAGGAUGAUUUUGUAUCGAUUGAUGGAAAUUCUGGUAAAGGCGUAGCAUGUGCAAUAAUAGCAAGGUCAUCAGGGCUGUUCCAGAAUUCCAAACGAUUUUGCACGUGUGAUGGUAUCUCAAUAUGGGAUGAAAGACAUGUUCCUAAUGUAGGUAAGGUGCGUACUGAAUUCUCGCAGCCUUGAGAUGAAGAAGUAAGGCUCCAUCUGGCAAAUGAAAUAAUUCCAUCCUGCUGGGUCUUGUCUAAUCACUACCACUGCAAGAUCAUCAUUCUUCAAAUGGAAUCAGUUCAUUUUACUGGAUUAUUAUUACAUCAUACAUAGGGUCCUGGAUCCGAAGACAUUCCAAAUUCUUUUUCAAGGGAAUUACUCUAUGCUUGAUUUCAAUACUCGACACUGAGCAGAAUUUUGCAACAAAAGGUUCACAAGCUAGCUAAAUCUUUCCUUUAUCAGAGAUUUCCAGAGAGAGAUAUAUGUUUUGUAUUAUAACUGCUAAGCCCAAACUAGCAACUUGAUAAUUUCUUGGACUCCUUCAAUGGUUGAUUUAAUGAUAAACAGAUCUUUUCAAUAUUUUUUCAACUUCAUGAAUUUCACCACAUAAUGCACAAACCAAUUAUUUCCUAAAUAAAAUGUUAUUUAAGGUGG